UAGCUAAUGUUAGUGUCAUUUAGUGUUGACAGUUUGCAAACAUCUAGUUUGGAGCGAUAACAUAAUUAUCAGCUCGAAGUCUAGCUCUGCUACGCGAGCUAAGAUGUUUGUUUGCUUAAACUUUUAUCGAGACAUUUAAAGUUAGCUCAGGUCUGCAGUGAUGCUAGCUAGCAUUAGCGAGGUACCUCAGCAAGCUUGGCAACUUUCGCUGCUCGUUAGCAUAAGGUAUUGUGAUUGUUUUGCCGACACAUAUAACGUGUUGUGGUGUUAAAGAUUCGACGCAACGCUAAGCAGCGGGUUAGCUGCUGCACAUCGGGGUUAUUGCGUGUUGCCAUGGCAAUUGUGAGACAGAAGUAGGUCACAUAUGUUAAGCUAGUAAAGUUUCUCUCAAGAUAACAAGCUACGUACACUCGCACAGUCUUAACGUUUGGUUAAGCUAGGUUAACUGCAAGUGCUUGAAUGGUGAUUGAUACACUUUCUGUAAGCUAACAUUAGCUGGUGUCACUGUGGGGAGCAGUGACAGAGAGCUCGCGCUGCUUAUUGUUUUUCCCCGGGAAUUGGAGCGGGCCACAUACAAAACCCACCAACGGCUGCUAACGGCAACGGACAUCUCAUAGAGAUAGCUUCAAACAGUUAGUUAGCUAUAUGGUAAUAGCUACAUGAAUGCGUCAAAGUAUUGAGGUUUUCAAGCUGGUCAUGAUUUAAGUUUAACUUGGCGUUAACCGCAAAACCAUCUUCUUACGUAUGCAAGCUUUAAGUGGGUGACAUGGCAACAGGAGGCACUCCUUUUGAUGACAGUGCAGAAGAGCUGCACGACUGGACUAUAACCAAUGGCAGUCUGGAAGAUAGACUCAACAACCUGGACUGGGGCGUUCAGCAGAAGAAAGCAAACCGAUCCUCAGAGAAAAACAAGAAGAAGCUGUCAGCUAUGGUGGUGGAGAGCCGCCUGACUAAUGACAUUUCACCAGAAUCCACCCCUGGGGCCGGUCGCAGGAGAUCCCGCACCCCUCAUUCCUUUCCCCACAUCAAAUACUCCACCCAGAUGUCAGUCCCAGACCAGGCUGAGCUGGACAAGCUGCGUCAGAGAAUCAAUUUUACAGACCUGGAUGAGAGGAGCAUUGGCAGUGACUCCCAGGGGCGUGCCACAGCUGCCAACAACCAGAGGCAGCUGGCUGGAGAGAACAAGAAGCCCUACAACUUCCUACCUCUUCAUGUGAACACUAACAAAAGCAAGGAGCUGCUCCACCCCUCCUCGUCUGCCCCAGCCACACCAGCUAUCACCAAGGAAACCAAGAAGCAGGGCCCAGGACUCAGGGAUACUUUAACCCCUUUGGUUUCCAGCAAGGAAGCUCAAAGGCUCACCCGUGGCAGUACAGAGAGGAGGCCCUUAGCGCACAGAGAGUAUGGGAGAGGAGAGCCCAGAAUAGACAGCAGCCAGGUGGUGAGCAAACUGGUACAGAUCCGGGAGUACAUCAGUAAGGCCAGCUCCAUGCGGGACGACCUGGUGGAGAAGAACGAUGUGCCGGCCAAUGUGGAGCGUCUCUCCCAUCUCAUCGACCACCUCAAGGAGCAGGAAAAGUCAUAUUUACGGUUUCUGCAGAAAAUGCUGACACGGGAGAAUGAUGAGGAUGAGGUGGGGACCCUGGACUCCGCAGUGGGCUCAGGUUCACUUGCUGAGAGCACUUCUCUUAACAUUGAGGUCCGAUCCUCAGAUGCUUCAAAUGCAACGGGCGGACGGACAGAAAUGGUGCGAGCUGACCAGAAGGAAGAGUUGGAGAAUCUGCGUAAGCAGCACGAGCUGCUGAAGAAGAUGCUGGAGCAGCAGGAGCAGCUCAGGGCCCUGCAGGGCCGACAGGAAGCACUAAUGGCCAUGCAGGACAGUGCAGAGCAGGCACUGGCUGUGAUUGAAGACACUGUUGUCACAGAAACGACAGGCAGUGUUUCUGGCCUGAGCAUCACAUCAGAACUGAAUGACGAGUUGAACGAUUUGAUCCAGCGGUUCCACAACCAGCUGCAUGAUUCUCAGACUAAAGCAGUGCCAGACAACCGUCGGCAGGCAGAGAGCCUGUCCCUCUCCAGAGAGGUGUGCUGGUCUCGGGCUCCCCAGGCUGUUGGUCCUCCUCAGCACAGGCCUCUCCUCCACUCGGCCUCUGGCCCCCACACUGGCCUAGACAUGGGGGCAACAGCUGCCAGUGCCAAACUCACUAAGCUCCAAGAACUCCAAGACAAAAAGCAAACCAUGGACAAGAUCCUACAGGAGCUGCAUUCACUCAGAGACCAGACACUAAACAACAACUCAUGUCGUGGCCUGUCAACACAGUGCAGUCUGAGUAUGGGAGCGUCAUCAGACUGUCCAUCUGCUCUCUGCUCUAAUGGGGCCUCAGCUUCCACUUCCUUUCAUCCUUCACUCACACAACACCAGAACAGCUCCAAUUCCACAGACAAGCUCAGGAAGCUAAAGGAGGUCCACAAACGUUUGAAUGAACUGCGGGAACUGGUUCAGUACUACGAGCAGACUUCUGAUAUGAUGGUGGACGCGGUCAAUGAGAAUGUGAAAGAGGAUGAUGAUGAGGAAGAGGAGGAGGAAGAUGAGACAGAGGACAGUUCAAUGUUUGAUGCCCUUUUUGACUCUGAGCAGGAGAACCGCCAGCCUGUGACCAACAUCAGGAACCCACAGCGCAGCGGGAACUGGACAGACUUGAACAGCCUGACCAACAGGCGCGCUGUGAGGGGCAGCGCCACUAACAACCGUGAUGGCAGACUAAACACAGAGUGUGAGAUCAACAACCGGUCAGCAGCCAACCUCCGCAGCCUCAACAUCCCAUCAGCCAUAGAGUGCCAGUACAAUAGGGACACCCCCUAUAAUCGGGUGAAGGAUGACGAUGAGGAUGAAGAUCGUCUCGAUAAUGAAGAAGGGGCACAGGCUGCGGCUCCAGACAGCGAGGCCUCGGGGUCGAGUCGAAGAAGCAGUCUGGGGAACAACGGGGGUUUCGCCCAGAAAGUUCAUCGGCACACAGCGAAGCAGAAACUCCGGCAGCUUCAGGAGCUGGUGGCCAUGGUUCAGAGUGAUGACACUGAUGGCACAACAGCUAAUGAAGAUGAAGCUAUACACCAACAGCCAAAUAAUACCAGAGCUACUGUGGCUAGGUCUCUGGGAGCCGGGUCCAAACAGAGUCCCAGAGAACUCACUCUGUCCAGCAAUGCCAGGGAGAAGCUGUACGAGGAGAAGCUGCGUCAGCAGAAGCAGGAGCUGAAGCAGCUUCAUGAGGAGCGCCAGAGGCUCAUUGAAAUCCAAGGCAAGAUCCACGACCUGCAGUGGGCUUGCCCUGACCUCCAGUCAUCUCUGUCCAGCGCUGUGAGUCAGCAGGGCUUACUGAGGAAGCUUCCAGUUGCAGUUUCCACUCCAGCCACUGUCCUGCCCUCCCCCUCCGGACCCAAAACCAACUCGGCUGUGCUUAAACCCACGGCUCCAGAAGCAGCUUCCCCUUCAGUCACUGACAAUGAGCAGCUAUGGUCUGAGAUGCGUCGCCACCAGAUCUUGCGGGAAGAACUGCGUCAGCGCAGAAAGCACCUUGAGUCCUUGAUGGCUGAACACCAGAGGCGCAGUGGUGUCGGUGACUCCCCCAGACAGAUGGAUGACUCAGAGGGCCUAGCUUCACCUUCACAGCCAGUCAGUAGGGAUGAAAGGACAAUGGCUACCUGGGGUUCCAGUCCUUGCCACCUUGAUGAUGAUGAUGAUGAUGAUGAUGAUGACGAUGAGGAUGAUGAUGAGGAUGAAUAUCAAUCAGAGAUCGGUGCAGAGGAGGAAGAGGAGCAUGAAGAAUGUGCAGAUAGCAGCUCUGAUGACGACAUCCACAUCUACUCAUCCAGCAGGAACCAGUGCUCCUACAGUAACAGGAAGAAUCAAGGAAGCAACCUGAAGCCUCCAGCAGCCUUCUCAGGUGACGGCAGUGGGGAUCCAUCUCUUCAGAACAAGGCUAAUGCUAAGCAGCAGCAGCAGCAGCCAAGGAUUAUGAACCAGUCUGCGAGCAGCCAGCAUGGAGCUACACGGCGACAAGAGAACCUGCGCUGGGCCUCUGAGCUCUCCUUUGCUGAGGGCUCGUCUCAGUGGCAGGAGCAGGUCAGCCAGCUGCAGAGACAGCUGGACUUCAGCACCAGCAUGUGUCAGACGCUGCUGCAGGACCAGCAGACACUCUCUUAUAUGUUGCAAACCCUGCUGACAGGUCAGUACAGUGUGUUUCCCAACAACGUGUCAUCACCACAGGUCCACCUGAUCAUGCACCAGCUCAACCAGUCUUACACCCAGCUGGCCUGGCAGCAAAACAACGCACAAAGGCUAAAGCAGGUCCUGAACGACCUCCUCCUCCAGCAGCAGCAGCAGCAGCAGCAGCAGCAGCAGCAGCAGCAACAGCAGCAGCAGCAGCAGCAGCAGCAGCAGCAGCAGCAGGCUUCCUCCUCAGCAGCAGGGUGGCAGACCCAGACCCAGAAGCCCGGCUCGUCCCAGGAGUCCAGCUCCGGCCCCUCAGCCUCCCCUGGUGUAUUCCUCCCCUUCUCCUCUAACCUGCAGCCUUCUACCAACAACAUGUCAACUGCAGCCUUAUCCCCAUUCCCUCCCGGCUUUAACUUAUAUCCACUCUUCCCUGCUCCCAUGGGCGAGUUCCCUCAGAGUGCAGCGGGCCAGCCCGCCCCCGACCAGCGGAAGCAGCAGUUAGACCCCAACGCCUCAAUCAAAACAGAGUACAUGAGUUUCCCCCCUCCACUGCAGCGCUCUCCUCUGAACACCACCACAGAGACGGGAGCGUCUGGCUGGCUUAAUACCUCGUAUGUGAACAACACCGUCCAGCACCACCAGUCCAACACGGAGCACCAGGAGUCUCCCUCCUCCUCCCCCAUGUUUGCCAGCCGCCAUCCCAGACAUCAAGAAUUUGACAGAGCAUCACAGGAAAGCUUCAGCACCAUGCCUGACCCUGUGGAUCCCACCACCAUCACAAAGACCUUUAAGGCCGGACGCAAGGCCUCUGCACAGGCCAACCUGGCCUCAAGAACCAAGACCCCCAACUCCAAGAGCCGCCGCAGGAGGGGCAAAGGGCUCAAGAACAGUGAAGGCCAUGAGAGUGACAGUGUGAGCAGCACUGCAGACUUUGUCCAGGAGAGGGCGGCGCUGUCCCGUCAGAAGGAUCAGAACAAGAGUCUGUUGGACAGGCUGACCCAGGAGAAACUCGACAGCAAAUCUAAUCUGGGGAGCAAACGAAACGACCUCUCCUCUGCCUAUGCUUGGAGGACACCCUUCCUCUCUAACAGAAUUGCAUGCACAGAAGCACCAGACGCAAGCAGCGACUUGCGGGAGACCAUCUACUCUGAAGUGGCUACGUUAAUAUCCCAGAAUGAGUCCCGUCCACAUUUUCUCAUUGAGCUCUUCCAUGAGCUGCAGCUGCUGAACACAGACUACUUACGGCAGAGGGCGCUGUAUUCCCUGCAGGACAUAGUGAGCAGACACCUGUCGGAGAGGAGUGCAGCGGAGGAGCUCCCCCCCCUCGGCCCUGUGGUGUGGGCUGCUGGCUCUCAGUCUGAGCUCACACCCAGUGAGAGUCUGGCUACCAGCGAUGCCGAGGUGGUGGAGAAAAACCUGAGGCUCACGAUGAAGAAAAGGGAUGAUGCAGAAUCUGUGGGCAAUGACAGCAACAUGUCAACCUCCUCCAACCUCGAACCAUUUGCUAACGAUGACCUGGGCAACACAGUGAUUCAUUUAGACAAAGCUCUGGCCAGGAUUAGGGAGUAUGAGCGCAUGAAGCUUAAAGCUGAGUUUAACCCCUUCAAUGGCAGCUCUGCGGGUGCAGGUGAACUCUCACUUGCUGAACAUCCUUCUGCUUCCCUUGCUGCCCCAGUGGAAGGAGGAGCAGCUGGUGAUGUGCACUGCCCUCAGAUCGACACCCAGCAGCUGGACCGUCAGAUCAAAGCCAUCAUGACAGAAGUCAUUCCUUUCCUUAAGGAGAACAUGGAUGAGGUGUGUUCCCUCCAGCUGUUGACAUCUGUGCGGCGCAUGGUCCUCACUCUCACCCAACAGAAUGAUGAAAGCAAAGAGUUUGUCCGCUUCUUCCACAGACAGCUGGGAGGCAUACUGCAGGACUCACUCAGUACAUUUGUGGGGCGUACUCUAAACGAAUGUGGCGAAGAUCUUCUGGUGGAGAUCUCCGAGAUCCUCUUCAAUGAACUCGCCUUCUUUAGGCUCAUGCAGGAUUUGGACAGCAGCAGCAUCGCCUUGGCAACCAAACACAAGAAUAAGAAGAGGGCUGAGCCACCAAUGAGAGCGAAGAACAGUCUCAAGGAAAAUAUAGUAGCAGGUGCUGACACAUCAAUGUCUCCGGCCUACACUGAUGAAGACAAGGACCAAGAUGAGGCCGAGCAGGAAGGAGCGGCCAGCCUCCAGGAGCUGUACCUGCAGAGAGAGAGGAAGAACACCAGGAGCAGUGAAGCGUCAGAGGGGGAGGACGAAGAGGAGGAUGAGCAGGGCGGUCAGGGAAUCCGUCUGUCAAUCAGUCUGUCCAAAGCAGAGACUCAGGCUCUGACGAACUACGGCAGCGGGGAGGAUGAGAACGAGGAGGAGGAAAUGGAGGAGUUUGAAGCCGGACCUGUGGAUGUCCAAACAUCGUUGCAGGCUUCUGCUGAUGGACAUGUGGAGCGGGAGGAGACGAUGCUCAGCCAAACCCACGAGAGCAGAGCUGAGCACAGGAGUUCAGAGAUCCAUGACGAAAUGAACAACUCAGCUGCUGUGACUGCAGAGCACCGUGACAUGAAGGAGUGUCAGAGCGCAGAGGAGGAGGAGAGAGGAGGAGGAGGAGGAGGAGGAGGAGGAGGAGGAGGAGGAGGAGGAGCUGCCUCUGAAGAACCAUCUGAUGAAGUCUCCCAUCACCAGGACCCGGACCCCAAGGAGUCCCACACCACGAGCAGCCCGGACUCAGACUCUCCCGUCAUGAUCAACGUAGAUGAGAUGGGCUCCGGUAACACGAGUCAGAAGUCUGACGAGGAAGACUUUGUGAAGGUGGACGACUUACCACUGCAGCUGUCUGUCAUGUGUGAGGAGGAACUGCAGAAGAGGAUAGUGGAGGAGCAGCAGAAUAACAGCCUGUCAGUAGAGAUCCUCAACGGGAACACUGAAUCGCUGACGGGGCUGGUGGGAAACCCGCAGGCCCUGAAGGAACCAGACACUCUCGGUGCCCAGAGCGUGUAAAGAUUUUUACAGAUGUCUCCAAAUCUACUGUUUUUUUUUUUAGCAACACUAUGCUUGCACCCUCAAUCUGUUCUGGAUGUACGGUUGUUGAUUCUCUAUCUGUUAGUUUUAACGAGCAAAGGCUCAAAAUAUCUGUUACAAGUUAGCUGUGACACAACGGAUAAAACUACACAUAAUCAACUCUUAGUUUAUUUUAUUCCUGAAUGUUUAUUGUGAUUUGCGGGUGAUCUGGGGAGGGGUGGUCUUUAUGCUGCUGAUGAUUGACAGUUAAGCCUCUGUCUGAAUCUUUAUAGUCCUUAAACUCCUGUUCAGAUUCACCUUAGUCUCCUUGGUUCUGGGAUUCAACAUGAAUUGUGAUUUGUUAAGUGUUUUUUUGUCUUGGCCUUAUUGUUACACGGCUCGUCUUUCUGCACUUGACUCCUAAUGAUACAGAGAUGACAGUAGGAUUGAAGUUCAGUUGUAGCCCGGCUGAUCAGAGCGAUUGCUUUCUCCAGCUUGAACACUUUUUCCUUUGUCAGAGCUCAAAGCUUAGAUUUACAUUUUAUCCUGUUAACACAUCUUUAUAUACCGUUCUGUUCAUGUUUUUCCUCCAUUGAUUUCCAUGUAAUUAAAAUGUUGACUAAAGUAAUAAGUUUGAAAUAAUAAAAUGCUGGAACUUUAAA